GUUUCUUGCCAACUUCCAAAAAAAAGCCCAUGAAGAAAAAGAAGGACGACCUGGCUGAACAAAGGGAUGCGUCACGUUGGAGUGGCGGUAUUGCACACCUUAAAAUGUUUCCCAACCUCCGAAAGACGAAGAAGAAGAAGAGGAAGGCGUUACGAUGGCGACCGUUGCUACGUAACGCCUGUGCUUACGGAAGAAGCCGUACCAGAGCUGAAGCUAUGAGGAGAGAGAUGGACGAUAACUUUCAGUUCGAAGAUGGUGGAGGGACAAAGAAUAUUGCCAAAUCUGGCCGAAGAGCUCGCUUACCAGCUGAUCAGUCACUUGAAGAUUCUCGGCCCGCACGGAAGUCAUCCACCUCCGCUUCAUUAGAAGCCCCCCCUUCUAAACCACCCCGGCGGCAGGGUGGCUGGGCAGAAGAAAGCUCUGGAUCUGGCUCUGCCAAGUCUUCAAGAAGACGAGCUGCUGAGGACCUGGAGGACCAUCGCCUGCGACCACAAACUCCCCAGGGAUCAGAUGAUGAAGGAGAUAUUCCAGUGAUACCAGACCUAGAAGAAGUGCAGGAAGACGAUCUGACGAUGCAAGUUGCUGCUCCACCAAGGAUCCAGGUGAAUCGAGUGAUGACCUACAAGGAUCUGGACAAUGAUCUAAAACAUUUCUCUACAUUCCAAACCUUAGAUGGAGAGAUCGACUUGAAGCUGCUCUCCAAGGUUUUAGCACCAGAGCAAGAGUUCAAAGAGGAGUGUGUGGUCUGGGACUGGGAUCAUCUGUUUGCAGAGGUGUCCUCAGAGCUUAAGAUGGAACAGGAUCAAGGAGAGAGUCAGGAGUUGGGACACAAUGGACAGUGACUUCUCUUAAUUUGACUUUAGUUUCUUAGUAAGCAUUUAUGUCAUAACGUCAUGUACAGUAUUUCUUGAUACGUUAAAACAAAAUUCUCUGUUACUGGGGCCAAUUUUAUGUUAUUUUCUUCAUCUUAUUUUAACUUGAACAGCCCAAAGGCCAUCAUUUGAAAGGACCAGUUUCAGAUAAAAAUGUCCUCUCUGUACUGGUAGCAUUAUCAACAUCCACAUACAAGUCCAAGGUUGAUAAUCAGCUAAGCUCAAAUCCAGUUGAUUGUGUUCAAAUUAACAUUCCUCAUUAAAGCCUAAAACCUUAUUGUUAUUGACUAUGCCAUUGACUUUAUCUUGCAGCUCUUCGAUAGGAGCAACCCUUUCUUCACUAUUAUCUCAAAUGCAUUGAGCAGAGUUCCUAUUGACACCUGGAGGAUUAGCAUACAUUAUACUUUUACUGAAUUAAAAGGUAUGGAUGGAAGCCUGAAACAAGACAGCUGUAAGUCUUAAAAGUAAUGAACAAAUUCUUGUUUUUUUAAGAGAUGGAGACAAAAUAAAAUAAAAAUAAAAAUUA